AUGCAGCGGCGGGUUCUUGGAGAGCCAGCGGGCUCCAGGCGCCGGAAGAAGGGCGCCCGUCUCUCCCCCGUUCUCGUGUUGUUCCCGUGUGGUGUUUUGUUGUUCGCUGGAGCCACGCUCGUCCUUUUCAGCCAUGUCCAGAGCAACGCAAGGCGCCGACCCCUGGCGGGGGUAGUGCCGCCGUCGCCACUCGGCGUGCCGCCACCGCCACACCCGCAAGCAGCUCGCAGUUCCAGCAGGCGAGUCGUCUGGUGGCAUGCGCCGUUCUUUUCAGGAGGCGGCAUGGGAAUGGAGGCUCUGCAGCUUGUGCGGGCGCUGCAGUCCCACACAGAGUGGCGAGACCGGGUGUGGAUCACUUCUCAUGGCGACCUGGCCCUGGAGGAGGUCUACGCGGGUCUCCCGGCAGAAACAAAGAGCCAGGUGGCGCGCAUGGUGGGGGCCGCCGGCCGCGCCACCAUGGACGAUGCACGGCACGCCAUCAUUGUCUGCCACUCCGUGCCGGGGGCCUGGGCCCUGCCGCAGCCGCUCUUCCAGACGUCGCUAUGCCCGCCACUGCCGCUGGGGCAGGCUGCGUUCGUGGUGGGCAGGGCCAUGUUCGAAACGGACCGCCUCACCCCUCUUCAUGUAGAAAGGAUCAACCAGAUGUCCGAGGUCUGGGUGCCGACAGAGUUCCACCGCCGCACCUUCACCAAAUCAGGCGUGAAUGCCAGCAAGGUUGUGGUGGUCCCCGAGGCGGUGGACACUCAUGAGUUUGAUCCGCAGAAGCACCGACCUCUGGCGCUUCCACUGGGCGAGCGCGUGUUUGGGCCCACCUGGCCGCAUCCCUCAGCGGCCGGCAGGACCACGGCUUCGGAGCCGUACGUUUUCCUGUCCAUUUUUAAGUGGGAGACUCGGAAGGGCUGGGACGUGCUGCUGCGGGCCUUCCUGUCUGCCUUUACCGCCGAUGACAACGUCUUGCUGCUGCUGAGCACCAAGCCAUUUCAUAGCGAUUCCAACUUUGCGGACCGGAUGGCAGGCUGGGCGCGGCGGGAGCUGGGCGACGCGGCCGCCGACCCCACCCGAAUGCCCAGUACGUACGUGGUGCACGAGCACAUCGCGCAGCACACCUGGCCUCGGCUGUACAAGACGGCAGACUGCUUUGUGCUGCCUACACGGGGCGAGGGCUGGGGGCUGCCGGUGGUGGAGGCGAUGGCCAUGGAGCUGCCGGUGGUGGUAACAAACUGGUCGGGCCCGACUGCAUAUCUUGAUGAGAGCGUUGGCUACCCGCUCAAGGUUUCCCUGCUGACCGAGGUGCAGGAGGGCGCGUUUAAAGGUCAUCGCUGGGCACAACCAUCUGUGGAACACCUGGUGCAUUUGCUGCGGCAUGUGGCGGCUCACCGGCAGGAGGCGGCGGCGCGCGGCAGGGCGGCACGGCAGCGCAUGGCAAGCGAGUAUUCGCCAACGGCUGUUGGAGAGAGAGUAGCGCAGCAGUUGCGGCGCAUCGAUGCACAGCUGCUGGCUGGUGCCGAGGAUAAUGGUUUACAAUAA